GUAAGUACAUUUAAUUUUAAGACUGAAGUUUGCUAGACAAAUUGUCAGCCCUGUUAAAAUGACAGUUAAGAUGAAUUACAGAUGCACCUAGCUAAGCAAGCAAGCUAGCUCCACACCAAGCUAGCCAUUAGCUUGGUUGCAAAAAAUCAACAUGGCGCACUCUAUUGGCCAAAAACUUCAAAACGGCAGUUCAGAAACCAACGAGUGAUGUCACGAUGACUACAUCCACUUCUUUUAUAUAUGAUAGAGACUCACCCGAAGGUUACCUUCAGCGUCAAAUAACUAUGUUUUGUCACUUUUCUGAAAGCGUCGGUACUGGAUGCCCUGAGAUGACAACAGGUAUAUACAGAGCCACCUAGGGCUAUAACUCUGAAAGAAAAUAUAGAGAGUGAGUUUCAUAAACACUCCAUCCGUCUCCUUGACAAUUGUACUUCCACCUUGGUAUGCAACACACGCUUCCUCUGACAGACCCAUGUAAUGGCCUGUGCAUCUGUUUAUGUGUGUAAUGUUAGUGUAUUUCACUGUUUGUGUUUGUGUUUGACUAUGUUUACAGCAGCAGCUUUACAGUAAAUUCUCAUUAGGUUACCUGAAUUUAUUCCUUCUCAUGGGCCAUGCGGGAAACUGUUAUGUUCCAAUCAAAGAACGCUGAGGGCUUCCCCCUGCACACUUGUUCACAUUAUUUAAUCAGCACUGGAGCGUUUUUCAAAAGUCCUCCAUAUGAAAGCAGCAUUUGUGUUCGAGGCUGGCGAGGCUGGUGGGACUGGAGUUAGGGCAGAGCAGCUGUCUGUGUGUACUUUAGAAGCUCGUUCUGUUUGUUCUGUAGACACAGGAGGGGUCAGGAGGGUGUCAGCUUUGUCUUCUGUCCUCCUCUAUGGCUAUGUGUUUGUGUGUGAGUGUGUGUCCACCAGAGGGAGAGAAAGGGCAGGUGGGUGGAGCAAAAGCACUAACAGACCAGAGUGGACAGGUGGAGGAUUCUCACUACAGAGGAACCAGAUGUACCUGCCUUUUUCCCUGUCCCUCUCCGUACUGUUCUGUCUGCCUAUCUAAUUUGUGUUAUUUAUUUGGUGGUAGUGCACAUUAAUAAACAUUACUGUAAAUGUGCCAAAGUCCACCAAAAGUCAUUUUUUUCAUCUGCAGACUAAAUGAUUAAUCUGUCAUUUACAGUGAUGCUAAUUAAUGUGCAUUGUCCCUGAAAAUAAAUAAGUCAGUCCACCCACCUGUCUAUGAAGGACUAGCCUGACAUCACAAAGAAACCUUUAUACAUUUUUACAAGCUCACGUGCAGACAGUCUUCUGAAUUGAUUCAACAGAAAGCUGUUCAUGUAUAUUUUCCAGUGCUGCACAAAGUAAGUCUGCAGUCUUAUGUACUCAAUUUUGCUUUCCUUGUUGCUCACGUCGUCCUGAUAUGAGGAAACAGCGGCCCCCACGGGCAGACAGCGGGACAAUAAAACAGUUGUAUUUUCCUCAGCUCUUACUGCUUUUUGAUUUGACCUUUUUGAUAACUGAAAUAAUUCGACAGAAUUAAAACAAUUCUUUAGGCUACACUUUGCAAGCCACGCAUUCAUGUAACUUAUAUUAUUUACUAUUCUUUAUUAGCCUAUGAUCCCUGAUUAACUUCCAAAGGCGUUGAUGCAGAUAUCGUUCUGAAAUAUAGUGCAGUAGUCCUAUAUUUAGCCUCCAAUGAUCUUAAUAAUAUUGUACCAAUAUGAGGUUAUGUACUCUUCAGUUUGGAUCUUCUUCAAUUUAGAAAUUUUGAGAGGAUUCCUGUACAAUAUAUGCCUGCUCUUGUCCCUGAUGGUGCCCGAGAACGAGAGAGAGAGAGAGAGAGAGAGCGGGGGAGGAGGGGGCAUGGGGGGGUAGGAGCUCCAGAUGGUGUUUAAACGCAGACAGAAGGCUACAGCGAGGACAGUGAGAGGAGGAGGAGAAAGCCGCGUUACUGCGUACAGUGGGCCCGUAAGCUCCACUCAUCAGUGAAGACCAAACAACAAGUCUGAAGACCCGACAUUGUUAAUUUACGGGAAAAGUAACCUUAAAAUAUGCUCAACUGACUGUGAUUUUCCACGGGAGAAGUGAAUCUUUUACAACACCAUCUGAAGGCAGGUCGGCGGAGGAUCGGCGCGUCGGAGGAGGAGCAGGACCACAUGAGAAAACGUGGUAGUCUGUCCACAGGCUGCAAAGAAACUGUGUUUUUAAAUUGAUCCCACCGGAUGUAUAAGGACUUGUUCCUGACACCGCGGACUGUGGCUGAACUGUGAACUAAAGAAGAAGGGGGUUAAAGUUGUCACAGGAGGAAUAGCAGACGCACCCUGCAAACAAGAGGAGCCGCAUCUUAAUCAUUUGCGUUCUUACAUGGGAGACGCGAGGAUUUGUGGACUUGACAUCAGAAUAGAAACCGGUUAAUAGUUUCGUCUGCUUAUAACAGAACAGAAAGGACUGCGAACAAAAGGGACGUUUUUGCAGCUUUUUUUUCCUUUUAUUUCUUCUAUCUGGGAUAGUUAAAAUGAGCAAGAGAGCGGAUUUACAUGACUGGGACAAGUUAUGACUUGUUCACAUCACCUUCAACACUGAAAAGCUGUUUUCUUAAAAAAAAAAACAGACUGCAAAACCAAAGACAUCACAGUGUGCUUAAGGACCCAAGAGCCCUGGCUUUGAUUUUAUUUCUGCCCUUUUCGAUAUACCUGAGAAGAGAAAUACCUCAUAAUUUAUUAAACCUGGAAAGUCAAAACCCCUUUUGAAUUCCCAAAGGAAAGUUAAACAUUUUCUUUUGUGCUAGACUGUGGCUUCUGCCCCUCUUUGCUCUCAAUAUUCAAGAGCAAAAAAAGGAGAUAACACCUGAACCGCACUAUUUAGCAAAGGCUUUACCUUUAUUUUUUUCCCAAAUAAUGAGGAUUGAGACUAUCUAAAACCUGUUUUAGAAACCUUUCGGUGUGGAUUAUCACCGCUACAAUUACCUCAGCUUGACCUCGACCUUCAAAAAGUAGCAGAGUGCAGAAGGUUGGAACAAUGCCAGAUUCACCUGCGGAUGUGAAAACCCAGCCCAGGUCCACCCCACCCACCAUGCCUCCUCCACCCCCGGCUGUCAGCCAAGCAACCAAUCGCAAUGCUUCAUUCACCCCUACUACCAGUAAAUCAAUGCUGAAUGGGAGCAGCCACUCUCCUACAUCGCUGAACGGUGCUCCGUCAACUCCUAACGGCUUCAGUAAUGGGCCAGCCAUGUCCUCAACGGCCUCGCUUUCCAACCAGCAGCUCCCGCCAGCUUGUGGUGCCCGACAACUCUGCAAGCUGAAGCGCUUCCUGACCACACUGCAGCAGUUUGGCAACGACAUAUCGCCUGAGAUUGGAGAGAGAGUGCGCAGCCUUGUGCUGGGGCUGGUGAACUCCACUCUCACUAUCGAAGAGUUUCACUCCAAACUUCACGAGGCCACCAACUUCCCUUUGAGGCCGUUCGUCAUCCCCUUCCUGAAGGCAAACCUGCCCUUGCUACAGAGAGAGUUGCUUCACUGUGCCAGGUUGGCCAAGCAGACUCCAGCUCAGUAUCUGGCCCAACACGAGCAGCUUCUCCUGGACGCCAAUGCUAGCUCGCCCCUCGACUCGUCUGAGAUCAUGCUGGAGAUGAAUGAGCACGGCAAGAGACGGACCCCUGACAGGACCAAAGACAGCUCAGAGAGAGAUGGGUUGCAUCCUGAGCACCUGGCUAAGAGGCCCUGCACCAUCAGCCCUAGCCAACGCUUCAGCCCCAGUACAGGUCUUCCUGCUCACCCACCUCCCAACGGCCUCUCCACACACCCUCCCAACGGCCUAUCCCACCCACCCAACCCCCAAAUGGGACCCCAGCACUAUCGCUUAGAAGACAUGGCCCUGGCACACCAAUACAGAGACGCUUACAGACAUAAUGAACACCGUGACGCCCGAGACAGGCACCGUCAGACAGCAGUGCACGGAGCCCGCCAAGAGGAGGUGAUUGACCACCGUCUUACAGAUCGAGAGUGGGCAGAAGAAUGGAAGCACCUUGAUAAUCUCUUGAACUGCAUCAUGGACAUGGUGGAGAAGACACGCCGCUCUCUGACGGUGCUGCGCCGCUGCCAGGAGGCCGACCGGGAGGAGAUGAAUCACUGGAUUCGCCGCUACAGCGAUGUGGAGGAGAUGAAAAAAGGUGGGAGCAACGGACAGCACUGCCUUCCUCCUCCUCCUCCUCCUCUUCCUCCUCCUACUCCUCUCCACAACUCCUCCUCCAACACAGCUAGCAGCAGCGAGUCACUGCCCAUAGGAACUUCCUCGGCUGCUGAAAGGCAGACAGGCAGACAGACAGAGAUCCAUAGAGACUUCUUACACAGGCCCCCCUCAGGAUACCUGCCAGAAGAAAUCUGGAGGAAAGCUGGUACUACAAGCAUCCCGCUCUCCCCAGCACUAAAGCACCUCCAAAACAGGCAGGAGGAGGCAGUGAAUGAGGUCAAACGACAGGCAAUGUCAGAGCUGCAGAAGGCGGUAUCGGACGCUGAGAGGAAGGCCCAUGAGAUGAUUUCAGCCGAACGCUCUAAAAUGGAGAGGGCGCUGGCCGAAGCCAAGAGGCAAGCCUCUGAGGAUGCACUAACAGUCAUAAACCAGCAGGAGGAUUCCAGUGAAUCUCACCAGAGCUGCUGGAACUGCGGGAGGAAAGCCAGUGAGACAUGCAGUGGCUGCAACACAGCUCGCUACUGCGGCUCCUUCUGCCAACACAAAGACUGGGAGAAACACCACCAUGUCUGUGGUCAAGGCCUGCAGGGGCUGCCAGGGGGCAGCAGUGUCCCUCUAGGCACUCCCUCCUCCUCCUCAGCAUCCUCAAGUGCACCCCCCACCCAUUCUGCGAGCACUCCUCCAGGACCCUUGUCCCUGGCAGGCCAGAGCAGUAUUGCAGGAGGGGCUGGCAGCGGCAGUGGAAGUGUCUCUGCCAGCCCCAAGGAGAGCAGUUCCAGCAGUGCCUCUCGCUCCACAACUCCAGCUACCCCCGCCCUACUGGAUGCCACCUCUCGUUGAUGUCUGACCCUUGUCCUUUCCCUUGCAUACUGAUGCAACAGUGCCCACACUCCAAACCAAACUGAGGAAUCUUCAUCGCACACUGCUCCCUCUCCUCGUCCCCUACUUCAGUCCAUAUUUCCCUCUUAUCCUUCUGAAAAUCUUCUCACUACCUGAUGAUGAGACUGGUUUUCUCAACUUGUCACCUUCCCCCAAAAUACUUUUUCUGUCUUUGUCUCUUUCACAACCACAGGCACAAAUACAAAGAUUCCAGCCUGGGGCUCAGUGUAGUGGGAAGCACGAAAGAAACGUCUCCUAUCUCUGUGUUCAGUCACAGAAAGAUAUCAGAUGUGUUUUCCAAAAGCUUUGACUUGAAGUUCUGACUAAUAUCUGCCCUCAGUAAUGUAAGCAUGUUAAAUACUGUCCACAUAAGGAUACAAGACAAGGGCUGUGGUAAGGCAACAUUGAUAGGGAGAUGACUAGACCGUUUAGCACUUGGACUGGAUUUCCCUUUAAUUUAGCACCAAUGAGAGAACAGUACCCAGCCCUGACAUGUGCACUACCAGUCCAAACAGUUCACUGAUAUAUUCUACAUGUACAUCUAAUGUAGAUGGGCAAGGAAUACAAUACCUUUUUUUCAAAUGGAUGAGGGAAGGGGAAUAAUCUGUGAUGCGAUUAAUUCCUCAGAAACACAGCUUAGUAUUUAUUAAAUGUUUCUUUCUGGCUUUAAGGGAAAAUAAAGAAAAGUCCAAAUAUUCUAAACAAAGAAUAAUAGUGGUGAUGAUGAUGCUCAUGAUAACGAUAUGAAAAUAAAUUAAUUUUAAACUGCUAACUACCUUGCUAGCGAGCCAAGAAAAUCUACACCGGACUCACCUCUCUACACCAUUGUGAACCCAAAUGAAUUCAAAGAUGAAAAAUAACAUGAUCCAAACGUUUGUAUUACACUGCCAAAGUGAGUAAGUAAGCGAUAAGGAGAAGCACUCAUCUUAUAACCAAACUCAAAGCAACAUCACCUCCUCAGCAGAUAAGCCAGCCCUGAGAGGACCAGGCUGCAGAGAAGCUGCAGAAGGGGACCCAGAGAUACUCAGACAUUUAAGAAACAAACUGUGACCUGCUUUGAUCUGCAGCUGCCUCCUGCAGUCCGGACAUAACUACAGCGAUUCCUCAGUGAUGGCCCAGACUAGUGAAUAUGGACAAUGCUGUGAACUUGCCUAUUAGAAAGACUUAAUGAAAUAGAUGGAAACCCUGCCACAGUGUGAUUUUUUCUUUUUUUGUGAAUGGUAACAGAGAGGGCAGAGAGAAAAAAAAGAGGAAAGGAAAAGCUACACAGCCUCAAAGGAGAUAAAGAUGCAUACAUGGCAACGGAACUGCCAAAAACCUCAAAACAAGCUUGAAAACAUUAUCCGAGAAGGCGUUGCAUACUAUGGAGACGUAUGGGAAGAUUGUUUGUAAGUCGUUUUUUUUAAAGUUCCACAAUGGGGAGCUAUUUCAAGGAAUUGCUGUUACCUUUACAUUCACUCCCUCCUUUUCCAAAGCAUGAUAAACAGAUGAAAGAGCUUAGUACAGGGCGGUGUAGACUUGGUUCUCCUCUCUCUUUCUACCUCCCCUCACCCCCCUCCCACCCUUCUACACUCUUCCCAACUACUUGACUCAAGUCUGCCCCUAACCCCAGCCUGCUUCGAACAGAGCCUCAGAGCAGUCACGUGAGAAGGGUUGGAACCUGCUUGUAGAUAUCGUUCCUCUUUUCAAAAUGUCUCUUGUCGCCGAUGUCCAUAUGUGCUGCCCUUGUGUAUAUCCAGAAAGAUGGACUUUGUUUUGGUUUCGUUACCUUUCAUUUGCCUCCUUUAGGUAUGGGCUGAGCAGUGAAGUCAGAGCAAGGACACUCGUUUAUGAGAGGAAGCCCCACAUUUUACGUAUUGUUUGAUUUGUUGUAUCUAUAUUAAUGAGAUGAAACCCCUCUUGUAGAAUAUUUUGUAUUGCUCGCAUUGUAAGACAGUGAGAGGACGGAGGUGCAAUAUGAAGAGAAUUCAGCUACUGAAUGGAACCUCAGCAACUGCCCAUAGGGUGUCAUAUAAUAUAGAUACAUAUAAAUAUAUUUAAAGUAACAUCAGUAACUUAAUGUGAAUGUACAUAGUAUUUAAAGAGGUCCAAAAAUGUGUUUGCCAAAUAACAGAAACCUUUAAAGUUUAAUGUCCAGAAUAUGUUUUUCUCACAGUACAUUUGUUUCUCAAAUUUAUGAAUUUUCCUCUUUUUCUCUCACACAAGUUAAACACUUUCAAUUUUCACUCAAAUCAAAGCGUCAUGUGACCCUGAGUGGAGGAGACUGUUGGUAACAGAGGUAAAGGUGGAUCCAUACAGGACCACAAUGCAUGUAGCUGAAGGGGUGGAUUGACAACUACAAGACUUCCAGAACAUUUUCUCUAUUCAUUCAUUUUGUUUGUGUGUCACUUUAAUCGCAAUUGGGACUAAAUGAUGUCACUGUUGUGUGUGUCCAUUCACCCCAGGUCAGUUUACAUCCUGCAGGAGGGGACUCAACUGUGUAUAUUUUUAAAAAAAGCCCAAAUGUAGUCAAUAGUUAUAAAAAGAAAUAAGUGGUGGCUCAGUUUCAAUCAGUUUGUUAAACUUGAUACAUCAUGUCAAGUGUUCCGUUUCCUUUCAGCUCAAGUGCCACUGUAGUGACGCUCUUCGUUCUCAUUGACCUGUGUGUGUUUGUGUGGUUAGGAGUGUUUGUUUCUCCCCAAGGUGCAGGACAAGCCAUUAAUAUAGGAUUAAGUGAUAUGCCAGUGUUAAGCUACAGUAAACCUCAAACCUAAUUUUGAUACCCAAUCUGUGAAAAGUUGCUUUAAACAAAAAACAAAGCAGAUUAUUGUUUAUUUAUAAAGUUGCAAUUGGAGCAUAAGCUGAACAUCUGGGAUGGGUCUUUAUUUCCAGGCCAAGAGAAUAGCAACACCUCUUCAGGUUUAUUUUUUCAGCCCUCCCCACAUGCUGAUCAAUAUGAUCACCUCUGGUGAAUUGAGGUUUGUUAAAUGGUCUCAAGGCAUAUACUUAAAGGGCCUUGUAGCAGCCAUGCUCACACAAAUUUUAUAUAGAUCAAACCCUACAUGGUUGGCCUCAUACACGCUUGGACCAAACUUAGGGAAAAAAUAGGAAAUUUUCUUUUUGCAGUGGGUGGCAUCGGAAAACAAAAGCUCAACAGAUGGAUAAAGUCAAUCUUUUUUUUUGGACUAUGUGAGGCAUAUAAUUCAAAUGGAAUAAGCUGCAAGGUACCCCUGCAUCUGUGUGUAGCAUUUAUGUAUGUGUUAAAAAUUACCGUGAUAUGGUGUUGACUUCAGCCUUUUUGUGCCCUUUCCCCUGAUGUCUCAUUCCUCCACUGCUACCACAGACCAGUCUUCAUAACCCCCCUCCCCUCCCCCCCUCACACUAGCUACCUCCUGUGACCAUACAGCUAACCACCAGGAGAGGUUGACCUGGACUUUGAAAAGCUGGGCUGAGAGCAGACAUGGAAACGCACAUUCAAAAGUGAGGCAUAUGAAUCUGUCUUAAAAUGAUACAAACAAAAGCGUUGAAAGGAAUUGCCUUUACUCAUGAUGUAGAAGAAUAUUUAUUCUCACCAGACCUAACUUUUUUGAUCACAUCCCACUAACUAAACGGAUACUGCUGGAAUUAAGUAAUACAAACACAGUCAAGCCUGCAUAUUACCUAAAUGAACACAGAAUCAACCACGACAUGCCAUUUGUUGUCCAAAACCAAUAAAAGCACAAACCAAAGUACUCCUGCAUUGCCAUAGUAGGCUUUGACACAGUGUGUAUUGACAGACCAGAUAUAAAAAGGUUAGAGCUCCACUAAACCAGUUAACCAAAGUGUCUGAAAUACACACAAUCAGGGCACAAGAGUGAAGAGCAUGAUCAAUGAACUGGCAGAGUUUCAAAUGUGUAGAACUCUUAUGCAAGCAAUCAAAGCGCUUGUUGUCUACAUAUUUAAUAGUGUUUCUGUAAAAAUAUAGAAGCAUCUCCUUUGGAAAAGCAUACUGAUUGCGUGUUCUUACAGUUACAAAGCCUUUCAGAGAUAAAAUGAAUGUGUGGCGGGUGGGUGUUUGUAUGUGAAAGGUGGUGUGUGUGUGUGUGUGUGUGUUUUUUGUAAAAAAUUUCAUGUCUCUUUACAAACUACUUGAAACCUUCUGAGCUUUAAUGAAACAUCCAGACUAUAGUGGCAGAUCGAUUCACAAUAUGUAGCAACAGCUUUGUGCAGUAAAAUACAGCGUUUGCAUACAAUAUCCUCAUACAAACAACAUUGUAAUGACAGUUCCAUUCAACGCAAAAUGCUUUGCGUGUGCCUCCUUGUCUGCAAGUAAGCCCUCAGAUAUAUUAAACAAAGCCAAACCCAAUAGACCAAAAUACAACCAAAAGUUACAACUUUCUUCUUCUUUCACUUAGGUUAAGGUUUUUAUGUUAUGUCCCAGCAUUAGAGGACUUCAGUGUGGCCGAUUGUGUGGGACAUGAAGCUGCAGGCAUGCAGCAAAAAUCAGAGCUGUAGAGGAAAGCGCAAACUAUCCUUCAAUGAGAUUCUCCCCCCCUUGAUUUUGCUGGACUUGUUACAAAAUAUCAGAUCAAUUUUCAGUUCAGCUGGCUGUAAGCUUCACUAAGUCAUGAAACUGAGAUUCCUGCUGAGGUGUCAUAUACUUUUCUCUGUUAAGAUUUUAUAGGUGGCAAAUGCAUAAGGGCUCUGCUGUUGUGAAUACCAUCCAAGGGUCUAUGAACACUUUACAUCAGCCACUUUUCUAUUUGUUUAACUAUGUACAUGGUAUGGGCAAAACGCAUGUUUAGAAAGGACAAAUAUUAGCAGGUUGGCAUUUGUCUCUCCCUACCCCAACCAGUAACUCUACCAAUGAAGAUUCAAAGCUCAUCUGAUGUGAUGGUGACACGUCCUUCCUGUGAAACAGGCACUGAUGAAUAGCUACAGUAGAAAGCUAAAGUGGCAAACAGUGGAUACAGCACUUGUUUUCCCAAAAGCCAUGGCUCAGGAUGGUCCUGUUUUUACCUUUACAUGAAUUGAAAAAAAGGUUUAUGGUUUUAUAUGUGUAGGGAAGAAUUCUAUACUGUAUUGUGCAAUACAUUAUUACAGAAAAAAACACGUUUCUAUAGGAAAGGUUGGCGCUUUGAAGAUCUUUCUCCUUUCGUUUUAUUUCCCUCUUCAAAAGGUCCUGUUGCCGUUUUUAGAUGAAGUUAACUGUGCCAGAAGAAUUAAAUUCUGAUUUGUAUUUAUUUCUUGCAUGCUUUCCUCCCUGUUGCUAAUACUGCUCUUUAACUGUUCGCUCUGUUGGAUGUGUGAAGCUGUAAAACAUUCUAAUUCAGGUUAUUGUCUGUGUUGAACAAUGUAACUGUGUAAUUAAAACAUGAAAUGAAGUAUU